UGCUAAUACUUCAAGGUCUUCUAUCGAAAGUGUCAAAACAAUUUAAAUAUAUUACAUUUAAUUUUUAUAUUAAUUAAUGAUGGUAUUAAUAAAAAUGACAAUUAGCAUAAUCAAUAAUUAAUAAAAUAAAUAUACAUUUUCUAAAUGAAGAUAAAUAGUUUUUUUAAACAGGAAAAGGCUUUCGUUUUUUGUAUUUGUAGUUAAAUCCGGUACGUGAGAAUCAAUAUAAUGAUAAAAUAUUAAAUAUUCUUUAAUUUAUUACCAUGUGGGACGUAGAAGUCAAUACGGUUGUAUUUCAAACAAUAUCGACGAUGAUAUUUUUUAUAUUUACUUAUAAUAUUGUUAGAUAUUAUUCUGCUGAAGAUCGUUAUCUUCAAAUAAGAGAUUCAACUAAAAAGCACAGUUGGAAAAUGAUUAGUGGUACAUCAAAGGUAGUUUAUUGUACAAUUUGUGAAGCAUUAUUAUUGAAUAUGAAUGGAUUUAUUUGUGAUUCUUGUGGAGUUUGUGCAGAUCAUAGUUGUAUUAAAGUAGCUGAUAAAAUGUUAAAAUGCAAAGCUAUAACUUUAUCUAGUGAUGAACCGAUGAAACAUCAUUGGAUCAAAGGAAAUUUACCACUUAUUGCAAUUUGCGAUAUAUGUUCUGAAGAAUGUGAUACGGAACCUGGUUUAAAAGAUUGGUGGUGUUGUUGGUGUCAACGAUGUGUACACGACGAUUGUAAAAGUUCACUAAAUGAGAUUUGCAAUUUUGGUAAAUUUAGACUGAUGAUAAUUCCUCCUACAAGUUUAGAAGUUAUUAACAAACGAAGUACAAUGAAACGUCGUUUACGUCUUCGUUCUAUAAUUCCACCCUUGUGGGAUAAGUGGAAUCCUCUUAUUGUCGUUGCAAAUAGAAAAUCAGGUAAUAAUGAUGGUGCAGAAAUACUGUCUUUAUUUAGAAGAUUCCUUAAUCCCGCACAAGUGGUAGAUCUUGCUGAUCGUGAUCCAGUUGCUGCUCUUGAAUGGUGUCGUUUACUGGGAAAUAAUCCUUGUAAAGUACUUGUUGCAGGUGGAGAUGGUACAAUUGCAUGGCUUUUAAAUGCAAUUCAUAAACUUAAACUUGAGCCUGUUCCUUCGGUGGGAAUUUUACCAUUGGGAACCGGUAAUGAUCUAUCUCGAGUUCUUGGUUGGGGAAAAGAACAUGAUUCAGAUUUAGAUCCAACGGAAAUUUUGAAAAAUAUUCAAAUGGCAAUUCCGGUAAAACUUGAUAGAUGGAACGUUGCGGUGAAACCUUCGGGAAGUAGCCUUGGAUUUAUUGGAUCUCAAAAGCAUUUAUUUAUGUAUAAUUACCUAAGUAUUGGAGUAGAUGCUCAAGUAACGUUAAAUUUUCACAAAACUCGAGAAAGUCGUUUUUACUUUUUUAGUCAUAGAAUAUUUAAUAAGCUUCUCUAUUUAUGUUUUGGAACUCAACAAGUAGUUGAGAGAGAAUAUAAAGAUUUGGAUCAAAGAAUUGAGGUUUAUUUAGAUGAUAAACGAAUUGAAUUACCUUCUAUAGAAAGUAUUGUGAUUUUAAAUAUUCAUUCCUGGGGUGCUGGUGUUGAUCUUUGGAAUAUGGGGAUUGAAGAUAAUGAUAGUGUGGGUAAGCAAAGCAUAAAUGACGGUAAACUAGAAGUUGUUGCUAUUUUCUCAUCAUUCCAUAUCGCGCAAUUACAAAUGGGACUUUCUCAACCCUUUCGACUUGGUCAGGCUAGAAACGUUAAGAUAAAACUUUUAGAAUCCUGUGCAAUGCAAGUUGACGGUGAGCCCUGGUGUCAACAACCUUGCGAAUUCAAUAUUACUUACUGUAAUCAGGCUUCAAUGCUUAUGAAUUCUUCUUUUAAUUUGGAAAAAUGAUUUUCCAAUGAUAAAUCCAAGUUUUUAUACAUUUUUUUAAGUUAUCAGAUAUAGCUUUUAUAAAUGUUGAAAGUUAGGUAAGAGUUUCUAUAUUUUUUAUUUUAAUAUAAUUUAAUUAUUUUUUAUCUUUAUAAUAUAAAAGUGAUACUUGAAGAUUCCUUAUUUAAAAAUAAAUUAGUUUCUACUCGUCAUGAA